GCGGCAAAUGGAGGGGGUGCUCGCAGAAACGCUGCUGUCGCAGGUCCCGGACCCCCGGGUCCUGGUGGGAGCGCUGUGCCGCGGGGAGGCUUCCGUGGAGCGCGUGGAGGCGCUGCGCUUCCUUCUGCAGCGGCUGGAGGACGAGGCGGCGCGAGACGGCGGCGGCGGCGGCGGCGCGGGCGCGCUCCCGGAGGCUGCGCUCGAGGCGGCCGCCGGGUACCUGGUCCCGCUGCUGCGGGGCCCGCGGAGUCAACCGGCGGGGAACCGGGACGCCGGCCCGCGGGCCCGCCAGCGCCGACGGCUGCUGCGGGCGGCGGGCGCGGCGCUGCGCUCGUGCGCCCGCCUGGCCGGGAGCCCGCAGCUGGCGGCCCGCGUGGCGGAGGAGGCGCUGAGCGACCUGCGGGCCGGGCAGCCGCCGGGCGGCGUGGACGGCGGCGGGUGGGAGGCGGCCGUGGAGGUGCUGGCGGCCGUCGUGCCGUGCCUGCGGCCCCUGGAGGACGGGCCGCUGCUCGAGCGCGCGGGGCAGGCCGCCCUCACUCUGGCGCUGGACUGGGACGAGGCCGGGCCCGCCGGGGCCGAGGCGGAGGCGCUAGUGGCCGGGCGGCUGCUGCCCGCGCUGGGCCAGUGCGGCGGCGCUGCGCUGCGGGCCGUGUGGGCCGGCCUGCUGGACCCCGGGGCGCCCGCGGGGUCGGGCCGCGUCGGGCCGCAGCUGCUGGUCCUGAGCGCCCUGGCCGAGAUGCUGCUGCCGGAGCCCGGCGCCGAGACGGGCCCGGACGCCCGCAGCAGUGGGCGGUUCUGGAAGACGGUGCAGACCGGGCUGGCCCACGCCCAGGACGCGCUGGCGCGCAAGCGAGCGCGCUACCUGCUGCGGCGCGCGGUGGAGGUGUCGGCCGAGCGGGGCGCCCACUGCGCCUGCGGUCCCCGGGAAAGACACGGUCCCACUCUGUUUUGGUGGUCUGAGAAGAAAAAAGAUGAACUGCUGAAGUUUUGGGAAAACUAUAUUUUAAUCAUGGAAACCUUAGAAGGAAAUCAGAUACAUGUUAUAAAGCCGGUUUUACCAAAGCUAAACAAUCUGUUUGAAUAUGCAGUGUCAGAGGAAAAUGGAUGUUGGCUCUUUCAUCCAUCCUGGCAUUUGUGUAUUUAUAAAAGAAUGUUUGAAAGUGAAAACAAAAUCCUGACCAAGGAAGGUGUUACCCACUUUCUAGGGCUGUAUGAAACAAAGCUGCUUCCAUUUUCACAAGAAUUUUCUGAGUUUAUUAUUGGACCAUUAAUGGAUGCACUUUCUGAAAGCUCACUAUAUAGCAGGUUUCCGGGCCAACCCAUAGGAAGUGGUUCUCCACUAGGAUUGAAAUUACAGAAGUUUUUAGUCACUUAUAUUUCUCUUCUUCCAGAAGAAAUAAAAAGCAGUUUCCUUUUAAAGUUUAUUCAGAAGAUGACAAGUAGACAUUGGUGUGCAAUCCCUAUUUUGUUUAUAUCUAAGGCUUUGGCAGGUAUCCCAAGAUGUAAAGCUCUGGGUCUUGAAGGGCUUCUUGCACUCAGGGAUGUUCUUCAGUGUACUAUGAUCACACAUCAGAUUCUGCUGAGAGGGGCAGCUCAAUGCUAUCUUCUUCAGACAGCUAUGAAUUUGGUUGAUGUGGAGAAAGUGUCACUUUCCGAUGUCUCAACUUUUCUCAUGUCUCUGAGACAAGAGGAGUCCUUAGCACGAGGAACAUCACUGUGGAGAGAGCUCUGUGAUUGGUUACAUGUUAAUGAAAGCAGUUUUAGGAGAUCUUCAUCUGGUAGCUCCAUUGAACUACAUGAGACAUCCUAUUUAAAUGCUUAUGUAAAGAACCUAGUUCAAGAAUAUAUUAAAUCACCUACUUGGGAAACAGGAGAAAACUGCUUUGUACCUGAUUGGUUUGAAGCUAGGCUCAUUGCUAUGAUGGUCUUAUUGGCAGUUGAUGUGGAUGGAAUGAAGACAAUUCAGCAUAGUGAAAAGCAGCGAACACAAAAUGUUUUGAGGAUAUUCUUAGAUCCUCUACUGGAUGCCCUUAUGAAGUUUGGUACAAAUGCCUACAUGCCCUUGCUGAAAACCGACAGAUGCCUCCAGUUGCUAUUGAAGUUAUUGCAUACUUGCUUGUUGAAAGGUUCCAGAACCCAAGAUGAUGAAGUAUUUACUGUUCUUCAGAACUUUGUCAUGUCUACUUCAGAGAGUAUUUCUCAGUUUAUACUCAGAAGACUUACUAUGAAUGAACUAACUAGUAUUUCAGAUCUGGAUCGCUGUCAUUUAUACCUGAUGGUAUUAACUGAGCUUAUAAAUCUCCAUUUGAAGAUUGGGUGGAAAAGCGAUAACCCUAUUUGGAGAGUUAUUUCUCCUUUGAGAAAUGUAUCUAUUCAAAAUCUUCAAGAGACGGACGAUGAACAGGAACCGACACUUGGUAGACAGAUUCAGAGAGUCAUUAGUAUGGCCUCCUUGGCCAUGUUGUGUGAGACCACUGACCACAAGCCUGACAUGCAGCUGGACCCCUUGGAUGCAGGACCCACUGACAGGUUCCUUGCUUCUCUACAGUUCAAUCAGACAUUGCAUAAACCCCACACAGAGGAGCAAAGCAGUUUCUUUGAAGAAUCUUUACCUUCCCAAGGAUGGGGAAAAAUAGUUGCACAGUAUAUUCAUGAUCAGUGGGUCUGCUUCUCUUUUCUGUUGAAAAGAUAUCACACUCUUAUUCCAACAUCAGAAGGUGAAAUUCUGGAACCCAUUUUACCUGCUGUUCAAAUGCCAGUAAGGACUUUACAGUUUGCACUAGAAGCCCUCACAGUUCUUCCUUCUGAUCACGUUUUACCUGUGUUCCAUUGCAUGAAAAUUUUGGUUCCUAAGCUUCUGACAUCCUCUGAAUCACUCUGCAUCGAGUCUUUUGACAUGGCUUGGAAAAUUAUAUCUUCUUUAAGCAAUACUCAGUUGAUAUUCUGGUCUAAUUUAAAAGCUUUUGUUCAUUUUGUUUUUGAUAUGAAAGUUCUUACCAUUGCUGCAAAAAUCAAGGGCCAGGUGUAUUUCAAAAUAAAAGAGAUUAUGUCCAAUGUAAUCGAAAUGUCUGCUACAAAAACUGGCGUCUUCAAUGUACUAAUAAGUUAUUGCUGCCAGUCUUGGAUAGUUUCUGCUUCAGAUGUGUCCCAAGUAUCAUUAUCAAGUGCUAAAAAUUAUAGUGAACUUAUCCUUGAGGCUUGUUUGUUUGGAACUGUGUUUAGGCAUGAUCAAAGACUUAUUCAGGAUAUACAUACCUUCGUAGAAAAUCUUGGGCAUGAAUGUGCAGCUAACAUUAUUAUUGAAAAUACUAAAAGAGAAGACCAUUAUGUGAGAAUUUGUGCAGUCAAAUUCCUCUGUUUAUUGGAUGGAUCAAAUAUGUCUCAGAAGUUGUUUAUAGAAGACCUUGCAAUCAAGCUCUUAGACAAAGAUGAAUUUGUGUCUAAGUUUAGAACAUGUUACUAUGUAAAUUCUCAACAACAUCGAGUGAAAAAUCGAAUAUGGCAGACUCUGCUCAUCCUUUUCCCGAGAUUUGAUCAGAAUUUCUUGAAUAGAAUUAUUGACAAGAUUUUCGAGGCUGGUUUUGUCAGUAAUCAAGCAUCCGUAAAAUAUUUUAUAGAAUGGAUUAUUAUAUUGACUCUUCAUAAAUUUCCUCAGUUCCUUCCAAAGUUCUGGGAUUGCUUUUCAUAUGGUGAAGAAAACCUUAAAACAAGCAUUUGCAUAUUUUUAUCAGUUCUGUCACAUUUUGACAUCAUUACUGAAAAUAUUCCAGAAAAGAAACUAAUUCUGAAGCAAGCCCUUAUUAUCACACUGAAGUGGUGCUUCAACCAUAAUUUUAGUGUACGUUUGUAUGCACUAGUUGCGCUUAAGAAAAUCUGGAGUAUGUGCAAAAUGUUGCAUAUUGAAGAAUUCGAUGCUUUGACUUCUGUUAUUGAAUCAAGCCUUAAUCAGGUGGAAAAUAUGCAUGGAGCUGGGAAUGCCAAGAAGAAUUGGCAGCGCAUUCAAGAACAUUUCUUUUUUGCAACAUUUCACCCACUUAAGGAUUAUUGUCUGGAGACUAUAUUUUACACCCUUCCACGCCUUUCAGGCCUUAUUGAAGAUGAAUGGAUCACCAUUGGUAAAUUUACCAAAUUCACUGAAAUUCCUUUAGAUGCAGAAUUUCAGUGGUACAAUUCUUCAACUCAACUUUGUGAAUUAAAUGCAGGUGACUGGUCUCAGCAGGACAUAGGUUCUAACUCAGGAGAAGCAGAUAACCAAUCAGACUGGACUGAUGUUCAGAAGAAGAUUAUCCCAUGGAAAAAUUAUGUUCCAGAGUUAGAUCUGGAGUUAGUUCUUCAGGAUCGUGCUGCCAGACUUGGAAAGUUGAUUACCAGACUGAUUGUUGUAGCCUCACUCAUUGAUAAGCCAACCAAUUUGGGAGGACUGUGCCGGACCUGUGAGGUUUUUGGGGCCUCAGUGCUCGUUGUUGGUAGUCUGCACUAUAUCAAGGAUAAACAGUUUCAGCACCUCAGCGUUUCAGCAGAACACUGGCUUCCUUUAGUGGAGGUAAAACCACCUCAAUUGCUUGAUUAUCUGCAGCAGAAAAAAGCAGAAGGUUAUACUAUCAUUGGUGUGGAACAAACUGCCAGAAGUGUAGAUCUGACUCAAUACUGCUUUCCUGAGAAAUCUCUACUUUUGUUGGGAAAUGAACAUGAAGGAAUUGCAGCAAAUCUGAUCCAACAAUUGGAUGUCUGUGUGGAAAUUCCUCAACAGGGAAUUAUUCGCUCACUUAAUGUCCAUGUGAGUGGAGCUCUCCUGAUUUGGGAAUAUACCAGACAACAGCUGCUUAAGCAUGCAGACAAUGUAUGAUGAAGUGUGUGCUUUAUGUGAGACGAAUUAUUGGUGCUAUUGGAACAUUUUUGGAAAUGCUUUGGACUAACAAUUAUGACAUUUACUAGGAAGAACUUUAUUUUAUUUUUUUGCAGUGUGAUGCCAAAACUUUUUCAUGUGCCUUAAAUAUAAGAUGUCCAAUUUAAUAAACAUUUAUUUAGCUAAAUUG